CAUGCCGAAGCUCGUGACUUCGCGAAUCCCGGGCCGGGGCGGUGUCGGAGCCCCACCCCCGGCCGUCCAAGCCACUCCGCAACCAGACGUGGCGGCCAGGCUGGAGAGGGGCGGGGGACUGGGGGCUGGGUCCCCGCGGAACUUUCAGAUUGGAAGUGUGUUGGGUCUCCCAGAAACCCAGGUUUUCUUUUCGGAUUCUCCGCGAAGAGGUGGAGAAACAGGAUGGGAACCGGAUUGGUUGCACUGUGGCACGGAAUUGGAACCUUCCUGAAAGAGGUUGGGGCAGGCAGUGACUGUUCAAACGUCCGGUAUCUUUGGGACACCACCUCAGCGCUGCCUUCCCUGUCUCUGCCUUUAGGAUGAGUCUCAAACACCAACAAACCCAAGGCACGAUCUCCCUCUUGGGUUUGCUACGAGGGGACGGGAGGAAGAGAAAGCGUUUCCUUCCUUCUACUUCCAGUUUUUAUUAUUAUUUUUUUUUCAAAUACUAAUGGACGACAAAACAAAUCGGAUUUGUCCCCUCUUAGCGAAGAGCAAGCAACCUCCCAUCGACUCCUUCCAGCAUCCCCUGGCACUUCCCGGGGACAUCCGGACAUGGCAGGACUUGAGAUGCCCAAGAUGGAGCUGGAAAGGAUCCACAGUGGAAGGCACGGGCGGAGGCUCUCAAGCUCUCAGCUCUCGCUGGCGGAGGACCACAUAGCUCUGCAACUCGCCUUUCCCUUUUGCGAGGCGCCAGGGCCACUCCGGUGUAACACUUCAAAGGUGGGAGGAGACAUGCUGGGUAUAAAAAUGUAUCAGGCGCCCAGAAGGUUCCACCAAGCCUGGCAAGAUACUAAGAACAAGUUUCCUCCCUCCGUGAUGUUCUUUGGUUGUGUAUGGGACUUCGAAGACCCAGUUCCUGAGAAGUCGAACGAAGAUGCUGGAGAAAUAAAGACAAAAUUCGAAGCUCUUCCUUGCGGAGCCCCUGGACCCACUCUAAACUGAGAGGCGCCCUUGCCACCUUCUCCCUCUGGAGGUUGUGCCUUUCCCAGGCACGAUUUGCAUCUUUUCCACUGAGUUCUUGCCCACAAGAGCAAUAAGAACCCUGGAGAGGCAGAGAGGUCUUUUGGAGGAAGUAGACAUCCUGGCAUGCAUGCCUUCCAGUGUCUCGCCUUUAUUCCAGUAGUUAGGAUUUCUAGUGAAGGGUACUCCACGCCCUUCUUCUCCCUUCCUUCACCCUGGUUCCUACCUGGCCUCGUCUGAUCCCACAGUGACUCUUGGGGUAUCUGCACUCACAACUCUUGCGCAUUGGCAACAUUGUCUGGG